AUGGCUGAGGAGGCCUGUGCAGGAUGGGGCUUGGGCGCGGCGGAUGCCUCAGAUCCGGUCUUCCUCCUCAUUGUCGCAGAUCACUCCAGAGACCUAGCCGAGGAUCUGGCCAAGGAAUUUGCGGGUCAUGCCAAGGAACUUCACCAGUUUUGGAUGCUGGGACUUGAUCUCUUGGAGCAGGUCUUCCUCCUCCAGAAUAUUUUCAAGCAGCAGCGAGGGGGUUGA